AUGGACGGCCUAUUGGCCGCUGAUCCAGAUGGAAAUCCGGCAGCAUUUCUGUCUUGUCAAAGCAAUGGAGCUGACUCAUCGGGUUAUUGGGAAAGAAGGGUGUGUCCCGAUAGCAUGGUUUUUGAUUUCAUUAAUCAACAAUGUCAGCAAAGGAAGCAUCGAAAACAGCCGCUGCUCAAUAUUGCCAAUGGACAGUGGAGCAAUGCUGGCGCAGGAAGAGGAAACGCUAAUCCCGGCGUGUAUCCUGCAGUGAACAAUUUCAAUGAGCUGCUUCCAAAGCCUUCGGUAGAAGCACAGCCGUACAUCUUCCAACCAAAUCUCUACGCUACAUCUACAAAUGCACCAGUACAAGUAAAGAAAGUGCCAACCUUAGCUCGUCCUGGUCAAUCCUGUCGUGAGAAUGAGAUGUGCAUUGGCGGUUCGAUCUGUACGUUUCCGAUUGCGCUUUGCCUCUGUCCUGGUGAAUUGGAGGAAAGAGACGGCGAAUGCGUGCUUCCACCAUCAGCUUCAAUACCAAUCGAGAAAGGACCUGGUGAGCUAUGCGACAAUGGUGAAGUCUGCGUUCGGGGAUCAGUAUGCGAUACAAUGAUCCCAGUUUGUGUGUGUCCACCUAACACCGAUUUGAGCAACGGAGAUUGUGUGCACAUCUCUUCACUUAAACCAACACAUGCCCAGCCCCAACCAGCUUUUACUCCAUCGCCUACCUUGGCGCCGGUUUACGUCCCACCUACAACGCAGCGCCCUCAGCAACCUUCACAGUCCAUUCCUUACGGUGGCCAAAAUGGGCAAUACAAUAGUUAUCAGGAAAAACCGCUGACAGCACCUGUUUAUCCGGAAAAACCGCUGACAGCACCUGUUUAUCCGGUACGAAGCCACAUCUCCUUUUACAUCAUCUUCUCUACUGCACAUAUAUCUUGCACGCCUCCUCCCCCCAUUUCAGUAGUCUAUCCUGGCCAAGUCGGAUGUCGAAGCGAUUUGCAGUGCUCAGCUGCCUAUACAGGAACAAAAUGUGUGGAUCGAGUUUGUGUGUGUCCUGAAGGCUACAAGGAAGUUGAUCAGACCUGCGUGCCAGGUAUCGCCUUCCGCUUGCUCUAUUUUAAUUUUUGA